GCCCAUUGUGGACAUACAUUAAUAACAUUUAUCAAUGAUUUAUGCUUCUUUUUUGUUUUCUUCUGACAGUUAUGUUGUGAUUGAACUCAACUGACUGUUGUUGGGGCUAUUGCCUUCUAUCCAGGGCUGUUCAUGGAACUUCGUUCACCCCCACGCAACAUGGCCAAUCUGGAGGGCAAAACUGGUCUGAAGGACCGAGGAGCGCUGGAAGUAAGUAUGUCUACUCCAAUGGGCUCUAGUCAGGCAUCUCCACGCGGCUUCAUUCAUUCUAUCCUAGGCCCAGCAAAGUCACGACCGUCGACAUCACGCUUCUCCUAUCCAAGGACUCCUCCACCGAAAAAUGCGAGGGAGUUUUGGCAGAGGACCGACCGGGGUGCACCGAGAUUUCUGACCAUCGGAAAGGUUCGCGUGCUCAUAGGCCUGGUUAUUGCUCUAUCCCUCAUGCUGUCGAUUAAUCAAAUCAGGCCUCCGACACUAGUAGACAGAGAAGAGAGAAGUUUGGGCACAGAUUGGCGCCCUCUGGUCCAGGAACCCAAUGUUUCUGGGCCCGGGACUGCGCCUAUUGUAGUCCGGAACCUGCGAGAAAGCUGGGGCGUUCCACAGUACAUCAAGUUUGAGAGCAAAGUCGAAGGCAAACGUGAGCGACAUCUGUUCAACCCCACUGCCAUCCCUCUUCCCGAAAACUCCACACACCGAUAUGUGGCGGUGGUCCGUACGACCAAAUGGAAAAUAAUCCACGAGAAUCGCGAGUACGAGGAUGCGCAUAUAGUAGGUUGCCUCUUCGAUGAUGCCGACGGAAGCCAAGGAGAUCGGUACAUUCGUUGCGCAACGCCAGCCGUCGACCUUGACCUGCCCAUAGACUGGAGAGGGACGGAUGAACGCUAUGCGAAUGCCACCGCAAAGAAGAAGAAACCGUCGUUUUGGGAGUAUUUUAUCGGCCCGGAGGAUCCACGCUUAUUCUGGAGCUUAGACGGGCGACCUCUCAUGCUUUACGUGCAGGUCAACCCUCAAGGGAGGGGAAUGGUCAAUCUGAAAUCGCAAUGGUUAACUGAUUUGCGGGUUGUGAUGGCUGGACUGGACGAAGCACUUCCGGAGCCGUACAAGCUCCGUUCGCUUCCGCCAGGCAUGCACAGGGAAAACCUCCAUUCGGAGAAGCUUGCUCAGGAUGUGGAGAAGAACUGGGUGCCCUUUUAUGACGUCGAUGUGCCUCCAGAAGAGUACAUCAGAAGCAGCGGCAAGGAUGCAAACACGAGCACGGAAGUGGGCAAGACGGCAAUCGGAAGGAGGAUGCUGGCUGCGGACACAGCUGAUUUGGGUGCUGGCGGCCACGAAAGUGCUGCGGUUGCACGCAGGGAUGGUGAGAAAGGUCUGCAUUUUGUCGCAAGGUUUCGGCCGUACGUCGUUCACCGGUAUCUUGGACCAGGCGGUCGUGUUGAGCCUGUCACACCACUCCCCGAAGAUAAGGCUGCCUACAAUUGCUUCGAGCGCCUGAUGUCACCUCACGAGGGCCGCCCGUAUAACACCCACGGGGGCACCACCCCUGUUCUUGUCACUCUCUGCAACCGAGGGGACUGCGCCCCAACUGUUUGGAAUACCAUUUUCUUGGCAGUGCUUCAUGUUCUCGAUUAUGGCGAAAUGGAGGGCCGAUGGUACCGGCGAUAUGCGGUCACGUGGAACUGCACCUCCCCCUUCGUUCCCAUUUCUAUUUCUCCACGGGUGCUGGUUUUCGGAUUGCAGGCGAGGGGAGGAGUUCUGUUCGAUACAACGAUGUCGUUUACACGAUCUCCGCCUUUCAACCUCACGUCUAUAAAAGCAACCCAGGGAGGGAGCCCGAACGGCCGGGACCUUCGGAGCAAGUAUAACUUAGGAUUGCGAGAUGGCUUCGAUCAUGGGUAUCUGGAUGACGAGGUCAUAGUCAGUCUUGGGAUAGGAGAUUGGUACCCACUGGUGUUCUACUCUGACCCUAGGUCUUUCCUAAAGAACCAUUCAGUGUGUGGGGACCAUGUUAGUCGCGAAACGAAGGAGGCAUUAUGGCAAAUUGGUUGAUGAACAUAGGGGGAAAACCCUCAAGAGUGUCAGGAAACUCAGGUCUCACAUGGAGAGGAACGAACGCAGCGCCCGACAAGACCUUCAUGAUGCGGAUGUUCGCAGUGCUGUGUAAGGUGGGUAGCAGGCAGUUUUGUACGCAGUCUUCUCUCUCUACAGGCGAAGAUCACCGAGGGAAGGAUGUGUGUUGAUUGUGCACGAAUUCAUGUGCAAAAAAUUGGACGCUACAGCACCCAAUGAGAGCUUCGCGAUGCCGAUGUUGA